CUCCCUCAGGUAAACACCACAGCGUCUUCUUCAGGUUAUCAACAAAAACAUUAAAUAUCUCCUCAAUAACAUCUUAUAUCUCGCCACCUGCAGUAUGAGUCGUUUACCCAACCCAUUUACCAGUGGCCAGGGACACCAUCAGUACCAGAGGCCACAGUCUACUCCUCCACCGAGCUUCUUGAUCAUGACCCGGGCAGCCUCAGGAGCCAACAUGUACGGUGGUGGCACAAGUCGUCACAGUCAUUCAUCUCCUUUACACCGCAGUUCAAGUGAUUCAGCUAAUAAUUAUAUCUCCUUCUCUGGUGGUGGUCAGGAGGGUAACAGGCGUGGUGGUGGUGGUGGAGGCCGAGGGAGGUUUAAUCGUGGAGGUUCAAGGAGCUUUGGUGGUGAGGGCAGCCCAAGGUUUGCUCACCCUUACAAACACUCUCCAGUGAGGUUGAAUAAUAAUCCUUAUGGACACAAUCAUGGUUUCUCAAGCACGCCAAGACACAGAUCGGGGGACCACAGCAAUUUUAACUCUUUCAGUAACUCAAAAAGAGGUCGAAAUAGAGGUCCACUGACUGACAUACCAAUUGAUAAGUUUGUGUCCCAUAAUAUGGUACAAAAUCCUUGGGCCGAGUUUGUCGUCGAAGAAGAAGUCGACGUACGGGUACAUAAUCAGUCAAGUUCGGACGUGGUGAAUUUAGACGAUUCGGAAAUAAUCAUUGAUUCCGACGCCAGUGCAAACACUUUCGGAGAAAAUUCGUACGAAGAAGGAGCGAGCGGUAACGAAGGGGACAGUUCGCCCGUGCACGACGGAAGUGACUCCCCUUACGUUGCCACGUCGUCGACCUCGGAGAAAGACACGGGAAGCGAUUCUAUGAGCGAUGCAUAGUGUAUAUUCUGUGAUGGGUCGUAGAGUGUCGUUGGGCCAGGCUUAACGUGAGGUCUGCCGGUCGUUGAAAAGUUGUUUCCUCCGAGAUCUACCUCGUUGAAGUGUGAUGUUGUUAAUGAAUCGGAUUUAACGAGAUGUUUUGGACGGCAUUUGUGAAAUGAAAUUCAGAUUUUUUUUUAAUAUCGUAAUUAAAAUCUAUAAAAUUUGCACCUGAAAGUAACAUUGAUAACUGUUGACGUUAUCAAUAUGUGGAGUCACAUAUUUUAUCCUAGAGUGAAAACUCGACCAGAGUAAAGAGCACGUGAUGAGAAACUCACUGAUGGUAGAUGAAUGAUGUGUGUGUGUAUGUCACAUCAAGGAAACUGAUUGCUUGUAGGUACUCUAGUAGCUACCGUAUAACACACUAAAGUACAAAAAUAUGAACAGAAUGUACAAAAUAAACAAUCAGUUAAUAUGAUAUAGAUUUCUAUACCAUUUUUAAAUUUCUAAUUAAAAAAAAUUGUAGUUCUUUUGUUUAAUAAUGAAAGAUUUUUGUUUUCUUUUGAUUAUUCUUGUUAAUAUCACUGCUCGCUCUGUUCUUCUUGUGCUAGACUGUGUGUGUGUAUCUAAGGUGAAUUAUUUAAUGUAUCUUCUCCACUAUUUUAUUUUUCUGGAAUUCCAAUCAGUUAAUUGAUAAAAUUAAGGUUUAUCAUUGGAUUCAUCUCAUCUAAAAUCUUGUAUAUGCCAAGAGGAGUUAGUCUUGUGAUAUGUUUCAAUAGCUAUUAUCUUACAUUAAUUUCUUUAUUAACUAUGCACAAGACUUCAUAUUAUUUAUAUUUCAGUUGUUACAGUAUAUCAAGGAAGUAAAAGUUAUAACAGUUAGACAAAAUAUAUAACUUAUAUGGAUAGAUUAUCUCCCAGUGGCUGUUAAAAACAUUGUUGUAUUGAUGCACUAAAUUUCAAAUUGUACAUUUGAACUCUUGGCUUGUGAUUGUUUCUUUUAUGUGGAUAUUGAGGUCAUAUACAGCAUCGCCGAGACACAGGGGAUGAUGCUCUGGUCGCUUACUCUGUUGGGCUCUACUUCUACAGGGUUGGGUGACCGGGGCUAAUUUUUACCUGGUCUAAUUGGUCAGCCGACAGGUUGGAUAAGUCUGCCUCGUCUUUUCCUUGGACUCUUGUACUGCCAACACUUGGAGUGACCUCAACCAGCACUGGGUUGAUAAGGCUGGGAAAUUGUUGUUAUAGUAAUAAGGAUAUACUUAAGGAAAAAAUUAAAUUUAAUGAAGCCUUCUAAACUAAUUACUUAUUUAGUUAUGUCUUCUACUUAAAGGCUUAUCUAGGUGUUUAUCUUCUUUAAUUACUGUCAGAGUAAUGUUAAUAAUAUUGUCUACACAGUUUAACUCAUUCUUAAAUCUUUUUUCGUGUUAAGUUUUUUAAUUUAAAAAAAAAUAAUUGUGUAUGAGCUAAAUAGUCGUCAGUUUUUGAGAGAAUAUUUGGAAAAAAUAUGUAUUGCAAUAUAUUUUUUUGAUACUUGAAUACUUGUGUAGGAAUUUUUUUUUAUU